GAAUUCCAACAUUUUUUUAUAUAAUUUUAAUCUCCAAAUAAUUUAUCAUUAAGAUGAAUUAUAAUAUAUACACACUAUUUGAUAUAGAUGUAUUAUAUAUCAAAAGCAAAAAUAUUAAGAAAAAUUAUAAAAACUCGUUAAAAUAGGAAAAGUAAUGAAGGUCACGGGGUCAGGGGGAUGUGGCAACACUGACCAACACCUGAACGUCAAAAGUCGAGACAAAUUUCAGUUUUAUUAAGGAGUUGUGAUCACCUUUACCUGUGUCUGGCCUCAGGUAUGUUGCCUCUACCUCACCUGGCUCAAGAUACAUGGUAAAGAGUGUUGUUAUUCUGUUGGAUAUAUAUAAAGAGAGUGUCGCCGGGGCUGGCACGUGCAUGAUGCCGUCGUCACAAGUGUUCGCCGUCAACAACAGGGGCCGGGUGUUCAGCCUCUCGACGGAUCAGUCCCACUGGAAGGAACUUGUGUACCUCGGUGUGGAGUUCAAGAGAGUGUCGGCGCACGAGACGGUGUUGUGGGCGCUCGGAGGGGACCACCAGGUGUAUGUUUACGUUUACGGGUCGUCCGUGCCCAUACGAGUCUGUGAGGAGUCUUAUGAGAAUCAGCGCUGGAACCCAAUAGAAGGCUUUACUGGGGUGCUGCUGCCAUCAGACCGAGCGACCUACUCCAGUGGCGACGGCCUCACCGACCGCCGACUGGCCGGCAUCACCCUCCCGACCCUGGCCUGGUCAUGGGAGUCAUCUUGGCAUCUGCACCACACCCACAACGGACAGGCUCUAGAUAAGGAGGGCUGGACUUACGCGAUAGAUUUCCCGAGGACGUACACAGCAGAGAAGAGGUGGAACUCCUGUGUACGGCGUCGCAAGUGGGUGCGUUACCGGCGUUAUGUGGCGCUGGACACGUGGUCUGCUGUGCCUCCCAUACACCAUGACCCAACUGAGGAACCGUUUAUCGACAUCACUGUGGGAGGCGGUGAAGUGCCUGGUGACGACCCAGACAGACUCAUGGUGUGGGGAGUGACAGCCCUGGGACGUGUGAUGGUGCGUGAGGGGGUCGACGGCACGUGUCCUGAGGGCUGUGGGUGGAUGCACAUACAGACGCCACCAGACCACGAUGUGACCUCAGUGUGGGUGGGGCGUUCUGGUCGGGUGUGGGCGGUGACGUGGGACGGUACGCCCAUCGUGAGGACCGGAGUAACUCGUGACUGUCCCACAGGCACUGACUGGGUGGUCGUGGAGCCACCCAAGGGAAGCCGACUCCAGCAGGUGGCCGUGGGAGUCAACUCAGUGUGGGCCGUCACCAGGGAUCACCGGGUGUGGUUCAGGAGAGGUCUUCAGGUGGCGCCAGACUCAUCAUCUGACAACGGGAAGCUCGGCAAUGGAGCGGCACAGCGGAGCACCGAGACCGGCACUACCUGGCUCCUGAUGGUCGGGUUUCUGAACAUGGUCGCUAUCGGCCCCAAUGACCAGGUGUGGGGUAUUGGUAACGAGGACCACACUGCUCUCCUGCGGACGGGCAUCACGGAGACCGAGCUCACCGGACGUACGUGGCGGCCCAUCUGCCUCCCGAUUGGUCCACUCGAGACUCCGGAGGCCAGCGUUAACCCCAGUCCUAUUGCGAGUCCUCUGCCUUUUCCCAGUCCAAAGCUGUCGGUGAGCGUCGACAGCAAAGACCCGAGUACCAGUGUCCAGCAAGACAGUCUCACUUCAAGCUUAGAUCAAAGCUUAAGAGCCUCAGAUGAAAUUGACUUCAUAAGCAUGGAGACAGCGCUAAUGAGAAUAAAACACCAAGAAAAUGGCAAAAGGGCGAAAGACAAGAAUGAGGAAUCGGCCAAAGAAGAGGAUAAAGGAGAAUGUGGUAAGGGAGGCAGCGGUGGGGACCAAGAUACCAGAACACAGUCAGAGAGUAAUGAAGUGUUGCCUUCAGAUGACAGUCUAGAGUCUAACAUUAAGAUCAGGUACCCAGAGGACUAUCCCAGUUCCCUUAGCUCAUCCGUUGUGUCCGACCCCAGUGGAGACUUCCUCACCAGCCUACAGGUCGGUGACGGUUCUGUGGUGCUGCCCGGCGACACUCCGGCCGAGAGCCCCGACACCGAACCCGGGCGGAAGAACCAAGUGACGGGCGACGUAAACAGCCAGAGCAGCGACGACCGGGAGAAGACGGAGACCGACGACCUACGGGAGAAGACGGAGACCGACGACGAACGGGAGAAGACGGAGACCAAUGACAACGCGUCCCCCUUGGUGCAGCAGCAAGCGUCCGCCGUCCCCAGCGGAGACUGGUGCGAGUCUCGUCUGCGUCACACCAGCAGCAGCAGCGGCGGGAGCGAGGCGGGACCUGGCCGGGGGUCCCUCGUGAUCCCCAGAGAGGAGGGACCCAGCUACAAAGUGGUCCCUCUGGAGGCUGAGCACCUGUGGUUGUGGGUCACCGGGGGAGGCUGUUGGAUACGUGCCAACAACAUGCCCAAGUGGUUCGUAACUGAAGGCUCCCCCGUGCUGUGUACUGAGCCGUGGAGAGUGAGCAUACUGGAGAGGCUGCGUCAACGAUACAACCAGGAGAUCAAACCUUAUAUAGGUUACGAAGAAGCCGUGGAAGGUUCCUCGUGGGUGAUAGCCGGGCAGUGUCGGUGGUGGGUGGCAGGCCAGUGGGUGCCAGCGUCUAUAGAGCUCGUUAUGGUAGGCUCUCGAAGGUCACAGGUACAGGACGCCACUUUCAUCGUUAGGUACUCCCUCGGCUCUCAGCGUGUGGAGGAAACAUCGUGCAGCGUUAUCCUCAUGAGUGUCAUGUGUGUGGAGCCACUGGCCAGUCGCUCCCUGGUGGCUCUUUACCAACCUAAUCAGCCCCUGCAGCCCAAGACGCUCUCCUUCUCUGCUGAGACCGACGCUGAAGACUGGCUUAACCAUCUGUCAACUGCUUGUAAUCAGUUCCGUGGUAUGACCGAGCGUCCGUCGUCUUAUACAGUGUGGGCCGUGACCACUCAGGGAGAUGUCUUCCUCCACGACUGUUCAGUUACAGAGAACGAACUGAGGGCAGAGUCGGUGGCAGGACACAAGCAGCUAGACGUGGGGACGGGAGCCACUCCACUAACUCUUCUCCUUGACCGAGGUUUUCGUCCCGGCCACUACCUGUCUGUCUCGGGCAAGAUUUACAACAGCGCCGACCAGUUCCACAUUAACCUACAAACCUCAAGAGGAACUGACACCAGCAUCGCCCUCCACAUCAACCCGAGGUUUUUCCAGAAGAGUGUGGUGUUCAACAGUAAGAAGAAAGGUAUCUGGGGCCACGAGGAACAUUCAGACCUGGGGCCACUGUCACCCGGCUCUGAGUGUGAGAUCUCCAUACUGUGUUGCGACGACGACCUCAAGAUCUCCCUCAAUGACAAGUUCUGGCACAGUUUCAAGCACCGCAUUCCCUUCGAGAGAGUGACCCACCUGACAGUGAGGGGAAGCAUCGCCAUCGACGCCGUCACGUACAACCACGGAGCUGGGGAGCGUCAGUUAAAUGAGUGGUACUGGCGUGGACUGGGCGGUCACCUCAAGCGUGUGGAGAGUGGUGCCAACAGCGUGACGUGGGGCAUCUCUCUCGACUUCCACGUCUAUAUCUACACUGGGGCUACGGGAGGAGGUCUCUAUAAAAGCAGCAGCAACGACGCAGGAGUCCAGAUAAUGAGCGACGUCCGCCACGUGUACGUCUGGGAGAACCAACGCUGGAAUCCCGUGACCGGCUUCACAAACCGAGGUCUCCCCACUGACCGCAACACCUGGAGCGAUCAAACGGGUCGCAUCCACCGCACGAGGGAGAACGCCAAGCUGCCGUCCCGUCAUUGGUCGUGGACGAGCGAGUGGUGCGUAGACUAUCACACGCCAGGCGGAGUGGACAGGGAAGGGUGGCAGUACGCGACGGACUUCCCAAUGUGUUACCACGCCCACCGCUACGUCACGGACCUGGUGCGUCGCCGGCGGUGGGUGAGGAAGUGUCGGAUGUCAACGUCGGGGCCAUGGCAGCAGAUGGAGAAAGUGGCGCUGGUUCACGUUUCCAUUUCCCCGGAGUGUGCGGACGACGGGUCGGUGCCAGUGUGGGGCGUGAGCGUGACGGGGGAGGUGGUGAUCAGGCAGGGGGUGAGAGCGGCCAAGUACGAGGGGGAGAGGUGGAGUCUAGUCCCCGCCGAGUGCCCCAUGUGUAGCGUGUGUGCCGGCGUGGAGAGCUGUGGGGUGUGGGCCGUCAGUAAAGAUGGCCGUGCUCACCUGAGGCUAGGGGUCACCAAGAAGAACCCUCAGGGGACACAGUGGGUGAACGUCGACUCCCCGGGACAGCCGCUGGUGGAGGUCGGUGCUGGUGCUGGCAGGGUCUGGGGGCUAGACAGGGAAGGUUCUCUCUACCGCAGGACGGACGUGCUCCCGCUCUUCCCCGAAGGAACCAACUGGGAGCGGGUGUCCGGAAACGUGACGAGCUUCAGCGUGGGAGCCGACGGUUCCCUGUGGGCGGUGCUGGAGUCCUACGAGUGUGGGAAACUGACCGUACAGGGAGUCAUCGCCCAUAGAGUCGGGAUAACCGAGUCUUGUCCUUCAGGCACCGGCUGGGAACACACAGUCGGUACCGGGUGGAGCGCCGUCUGUGCCCGGGUCCCUCUGCCGUUGUGACCAAAGAAGUAAACCUGUUCUAUUAUAUAAUACAGAACUGUAUCUGAGACAUUAUUCCAUUAUAAAGAAACACUUAAUACUUCUACUUGUUUCUCAGUUGAUCGUUGUAAAUAGUUUUUUUACCAAGAUUUAUUAGCUGUUAUUUAUAUUUUAUAAGAGAGAGAUUGUAGUAGUGGAAGAUAUGUGUUGCUUCUGGGAACAAGCCUGAAGCUGUUUACCCGUCAGUAGAAGAAAUAGUUGGCAGACGAUCUUUAACUAGCGUCUCUAUACGGUAGGUGUGUGUUUACGUUCGCCAAGAUCUCCCGACAAUACUGUGAAAAGAUUUUGUAUUUCCUUUAAAAAGAAACAUUUGAUUAGCAUUAAGUAGUCUUGUUCCACUUGUGUCUUUGGUCAUUUUUUCACACAGGGUCACAGUCCACCACAACGAAUUAACGGUAAAAUUGUGUAUCUAUUGGCUGGCUGCAGCUCUGGGG